AUGAUAAGUGUGCUGCAAAAAGUAUCUAGUCCUAUCUCAUUUCGCCUCUCCUAUCCUAUCCCAUCUCACCUCUCCAAACCAAACCUCAAGAUAUCCACCUCCUCCAAUUCCCAAACACACUAUAAGCUUGUAUAUCGCGUCCUCCAUCUCACCUCUCUGCAAAAAAAGAUGUCAUAUUCGCUGUGGGCGGUGGAGUGUACGCCAAUGGAAAAUACAUCAAAGUCUGUUUUGAAAUUCCGGGAUUUGGAUAUAGCAGAGAAGGGAGCUGUGCCUCACACAGGGAAAGUAAGAGUUUUGGAACGAGCGGAGGAGGCCUUGGUGUAUAUCUUGUGCACCGGGGAGGAAGUUACAAGGAAAGCGGUUGAGGCAUUGAAGAGGACACACCCGUACGAAGAAGUGAGUUAUGAGGUUUAGGAACUAGAGGACUUUUGAAGUUUUCGAAUCAUAUCACGGGCUAUAUAGCAGUCAAUCUCUUACCCAUUCCAAAUCUUAAAUCGAUUUGUAGAGCAUCUUGUGAGGUAGCUACCAGCCAGCAUAAAUAAGCAUCACAACAGCAUGUGACGAGC